GAUCCUUCCUUAUUCUGACGUCAGAGGCUGGCUCCUCCCCCUCAACAGAGUACCUCAAUCUUGAGCGGAAUACAUUCAGUAUUCACAACAAUAAAGAAAUUUGCUGCCACUUGAUUCUCGCCACAUCGCUUCAUCCCCUCCAGAACAAUGCGUGAGUGCAUCUCCAUCCACGUUGGUCAGGCUGGUGUCCAGAUCGGCAAUGCAUGCUGGGAGCUCUAUUGUCUUGAGCAUGGCAUUCAGCCGGAUGGCCAGAUGCCCAGUGACAAGACCAUUGGUGGAGGUGAUGAUUCCUUCAACACCUUCUUCAGUGAAACUGGAGCAGGAAAGCAUGUACCCCGAGCUGUGUUUGUAGAUCUGGAGCCCACUGUCAUUGAUGAGGUUCGCACUGGAACUUACCGUCAGCUGUUUCACCCCGAGCAGCUCAUCACAGGAAAGGAAGAUGCUGCUAAUAACUACGCUCGUGGCCACUACACCAUCGGUAAAGAAAUCAUUGAUCUGGUACUGGACAGGAUUCGCAAACUGGCUGACCAGUGCACAGGCCUCCAAGGGUUCUUGGUCUUCCACAGCUUUGGUGGUGGAACCGGUUCUGGCUUCACCUCUCUGCUGAUGGAGCGCCUCUCUGUUGACUAUGGCAAGAAGUCCAAACUAGAGUUCUCCAUCUACCCGGCCCCUCAAGUCUCCACUGCUGUGGUCGAGCCCUACAACUCCAUUCUGACCACCCACACCACACUAGAGCACUCUGACUGUGCCUUCAUGGUAGACAAUGAGGCCAUUUAUGAUAUCUGCCGUAGGAAUCUCGAUAUCGAGCGUCCUACUUACACCAACCUUAACAGGUUGAUCAGUCAGAUUGUGUCCUCCAUCACAGCCUCUCUCAGGUUUGAUGGUGCCCUCAAUGUCGAUCUUACCGAGUUCCAGACCAACUUGGUGCCCUACCCUCGUAUUCACUUCCCAUUGGCUACAUACGCCCCAGUGAUCUCCGCAGAGAAGGCUUAUCAUGAGCAGCUCUCUGUUGCUGAAAUCACCAACGCUUGCUUCGAGCCAGCCAAUCAGAUGGUGAAAUGCGACCCACGUCACGGCAAGUACAUGGCUUGCUGUUUGCUGUACCGUGGCGACGUGGUGCCCAAAGAUGUGAACGCUGCAAUUGCCACCAUUAAGACCAAGCGCACCAUCCAGUUUGUGGACUGGUGCCCAACUGGUUUCAAGGUUGGUAUCAACUACCAGCCACCCACUGUGGUUCCAGGCGGUGAUCUGGCUAAAGUACAGAGGGCCGUGUGCAUGCUGAGCAACACCACAGCUAUUGCUGAGGCCUGGGCUCGUCUGGAUCAUAAGUUUGAUCUGAUGUACGCCAAGCGUGCUUUUGUUCACUGGUAUGUGGGUGAGGGUAUGGAGGAGGGAGAGUUUUCAGAGGCCAGAGAGGACAUGGCUGCCCUGGAGAAAGAUUAUGAGGAGGUUGGUGUCGAUUCAAUUGAGGGUGAAGGAGAGGAGGAAGGAGAGGAAUAUUAAAAUGUUGAGUAAAUGUCUGACGGGUACACGGUAGACCGCUAAUUUACACACGAUAUACAUAAGGUAUUAAGUGUAAAGUCUACUCAUAAAUAUUAGAGACAAACUCUUGAUCUGUUGUUGUUGCGUUGUGAUGGCCAGUAUGAUUAUUAUUUGUGGAAUUUGCUUGCCAAAUUAUGAAUUGUGAUGGAAUAAAUUGAUGGUGAUGUUAAAAACU